AUGUGGACCUUAUCGACAUAUUACUGGUGCCUUAUCAUCGGAAGCCUGGCCCUCGUCAUCAGAAUAUCGGGUAAAUGGCUCGAGUCACAUCAAUACGGACGCUGUCUGCUGACUUGGAAGCACGCUUUGACUGGGCUUGCAGUGUAUGCUCCGCUGUUAGUCUCAUGA